AUGAUUAAAAAAAUAAAACAACACAAAACACCAUUACAAUUUACACAUCACAUGUGACAUGUUUUGUUUCUAUAUCAUUUUAGAAAACAGCAAAACUUGGAUAAAAAAUAUCUAUUUUAGUUCUUAAAAAUCAUCAAAAUGCCGAAAACUAAAAAGAAGUUUAUAGAUCGAAAAAAGGCAGUUACAUUUAAUUUAGUACAUAGAUCUCAAAGAGAUCCUCUUGUUGCUGACGAGAGCGCACCACAGCGUGUUCUAGUUCCAGUGAACGCCAAUGUGCCAGCAAAGAAAGAGAAGGACACCGAAUUAACACCAGAGCAGAGAAGAGAGGAACAGAGCAAGUAUGGAAUAUUCUUUGACGAUGACUACAACUACUUGCAACAUCUCAAAGAUACAAGAGAGGUCACUAUGGUGCUGCAGCCUAAGUCAUCUCACAAAAGAAAAGAUAAAUCAGCUGCUCAGCCUCAGCAUGAUGAUGAUGAUGAUGAUGAAGAUCCAAAAAUAAGCAGUCUAAAGACAGACACUCUAAAGUUGCCCAGUUCAGUGUUCGCAUCAGAGGUUGAGGAAGAUGUUGGUUUGCUCAACAAAGCUGCAUCACAAGGACUGUGCCUGGAGUUAGACCCAGAUGUGGUGGCAGCCUUAGAUGAGGACUUUGAUUUUGAUGAUCCAGACAAUCAAUUGGAAGAUAAUUUUAUUGAGAUGGCCAUGGCUGAAGGUUCUUCUGACAAUGAAGAUGAUGAUGUAGAUGGAGACAGCAUGUCUGGUGACGAUUACUCUGAUAAAGCCUUUGUUUCUGAUGACGACAGUGAUACUUCACAGGAUGGUAGACACAGAAUGCCGUCUUGGGGCGACAAAGAUGAGACGAAAUCCCGUUUCUCCCAAUACUCCAUGUCUUCUAGUGUGAUAAGAAGGAACCAGGGGUUGUCUCUACUGGACAACAGGUUUGAAAAGAUGUUUGCGGAAUAUGACGACACAGAAGUAGGUGCUUUGGAUCUAGAAGAGAUAGAAGGUUUCAUGCCAGAAUCCCACAGAAUGCUACUAGAAGCAGCUGAACAGUUUGAGGAGUCGCAGAGAAGAUACCAGCUUGACAAGGAGAAGGAAAUAGCCAGAAUACAACGUCUCCAAGAAAUCCAGGAGGAGUCAGAAGAAGAUGAGCUGGUCACAGUGGAAGUUGAGCCUAAAGAGAAGUGGGACUGCGAGACCAUACUAUCCACUUACUCUAAUUUAUACAACCAUCCCAAAGUCAUUGAAGAGCCCAAGAAACUGCAAAAAAUUAAAAUCAACCCUAAAACGGGCAUCCCUGAAGACCCCCAGAAGCACAACAAGUUGACACUUAAGUCAUUGGCCAAGUUCAACGCUGAAAAUAAAAGUGACGUCAACGAAGUCUCUGAUGAUGAUGGAGUGACCAAUGCUGAUACUGUUCUGUCUACAUUAAGUGUUUUAUCUAUAAGACCAAAAGAAGAAACACCCGAAGAGAAAAAAGAAAGGAAACGCCUUCUCAAAGAAUACAGAAAAGAGAGAAGGGUGGAGAAGAAGGCAAACAAAGAAGCGUUCAAGGAAGAGAAGAAACGGCAAGAGAAGAUUGUGAUGAAUAACAGAAAUAACGUUCAAGGAAAUAGAAUUUUGUAAUAUAUUUUAUAAAUAUC